AUGCCGGCCGCCGAAGCAACCCCCGUCGUAUCUUCCGAGUCAGGUCUCGUCAAGAUGGAAGACCGGAAGAGAAGCGCUACUAAUGAUCACAAUGAUUCUGCUCCACCAUCGAAGAAGCAAGCAACUUCUGUCAAUGGUGGCAGCAAACCGCAUCCUGACGCGGAUAUGCCGUGGAAGGAUGACUUGGAGCGAUUCCAAAAAGACGCGAUAUGGCGCCAAAUGCAGGAAUACAAACGCGAAAAGGUUUCCCUGGAGACAAAAGUAAAGGAACUUUCCAAGGCCGCAAAUUACCACAACGAUCACCUUCGCGUUAUCGAUGCAUGGUACAACCAAUUGAUCGACGAAGUUAAGAUACUGUUGGACCCUGUAAAAAAGGAAGGAAACAGCAAGGAGCAAUCGGUUUUUCGGAGCUCCUUGCAAUUCGAAGAUGCUGAAGAUUUCGAGAAGCAUUUGAAAGCCCGAUCGGAUGAAAUACGUGACAUUAUAUCGCGACUCACAACAAAUUUGUCAAAAGCCCCGCCUGAGGUUUCCGAUCUGCAAAGCCAGCUGGCCAAGAAAUUGGCCGAGGAGAAGGUUACCAUUGGCGAACUCGAGAAAGCCUUAGCGGAUAAACAACAACUUGAAGAAAGCCUAGAGGCAGCAUCUCUGCGCUACAUGGUGGCAGAGAAGAAACUGGAUCGUGCACGGAGCGUGACAGUCGCCAAAUUGGAGAAGCAGUAUAUCCUUGGUGCACAACGACCUGGCGCAGACAGCGCAUCUGGAAGUCGAGAAGAGCCGUCUGUUACCAACGGCGUAGCUACCCGGGGCGAACGCAAUCCGGAGCUUGAAGAGAUGCAUCACAAGCUUGUGGCUGAAUCCGAAAAGCAGAAGGAACAAUUACAGAAACUGGAGAUUGAAAAUGCCAGCCUGCUGAACCAAGUCACCGAAUUGAAUAUCAAGCACUCCAAACUUAGCGAUGAUGAUUACGCGCAUACGGAUCUGUUCAAGCAGUUGAGAUCGCAGUACGACGAUGUGGUUAAACGGAUAAACCAUUCUGAAGCGACGAAUACGCAACUACGUGAAGAAGCCGAGAAGUUACGAUCGGAGCGGACCUCAUACCGCAUACAAAUCGACGAUGAAACACAAGGCAUUGUCGCCGAGAAGGAAGCGCAACUGGUACGGGCGGAAACAGAUUUGGCCAGAAUACGGAACGCUCGUGAUGAACUACUGGCCGAUCAACAGAUGAGAAAGGCCGCACAGGAGCAGGAAAAGACAUCAACCAUCAAGAUCCAGGAACUCGCAAGUGCCGGGGAAGCUCGAAUCGCUUCUCUAGAAUCCGAGGUGGAGAGGCUACGGGUGCAGGUCGACAGUGCGCAAUCUACGGAUGUCGCAAGGAUUCCGGUUGAAGAGCUUCGGACCAAAUACCAGACCUUGGAACGGCAGUAUGCGAUGCUUAACACUGAAUUGGCGUCCAUGCAAACGGCAUGCAAGAAAUAUUCAACACUAGCUUCGCAAAAAGUGGCAGAUUUCAGCGCUCUAGAAGAGAAAGUUGCCCGUUUAGUCGCCGAGAAGUCCAAGGCCGAUCAGAAAUUCUUUGCAGCGAUGAAAGCAAAAGAGGCACGGGAGAUGGAGGUCCGGACCCUGCGAAUGCAGAAUUCGAAGAGUUCCGACAUUAUCUCCCAGUUAAAAGACUCGGAAGCAGCCACACGCUCCUUGGUUGCGAACAUGGAAAAGCAGGCCAGCGAAAACAAAGAAACCUUAAACACUGUCACUAGCAAACUCUAUGCGGCCCAACAGCAACUCACAGAGAACAGUAUCGUCACGGACGGUUUGAAGAACCAGAUAGCCGAACUGAAGGCUCUAUCGACUUCAAAGGAUUCCACACUGGCAAAUACUUCUAGUGCUUGUCGUCGGGCAGAGACGGAGAUUGAAAGCUUGAAGGCAUCGCUGGCAGAUACUAAGAAGAGCUUGGACAACUGGAAGAAUAAGAGCCUUGGGAACUCUUCGUCUGAGUACGAAAUGCUGAGGACGCUUGCCAUCUGCACAGUAUGCCGCAAGAACUUCAAGAACACGGCAAUCAAGACAUGCGGUCAUGUCUUCUGCAAAGAUUGCGUCGAAGAACGUCUCACCUCGCGAUCGCGCAAGUGUCCGAAUUGCAACAAAUCCUUUGGAAAUAAUGACUACAUGCACAUCACCCUCUGA